GAGCUUUGUCCAUAUAACAAAGAAAUAAGAAGUAUGUGUCUAACUUAUUUGUUGAAAACUGACGGUAAAAACUUGGUGAUUAUUUGAAAUACAUGAGCUUUAGUUCAGCAUUCUAGACGUUAACAUUUAAAGUGAAGAAAGAAAUCAAAAACUAACCGUGACCAUGCCCUUUUAAUGUUUUUAAGAACUGUAAAAACAGGUAUUCCAGAUGGAAGCACAGUUUGUUUCGGAAGUACGGAAUUCCCGGUCCCUUGCCAACACCAUUCGUAGGAAUUUCACCGAAAUACAGAAGGACGGGCGUUGCUCUUACAGACCAAGAACUUGCAAGGACGUAUGGUGAUAUAGUGGGAGUAUAUAUGGGACACCGCCCCUUGUUGCUAGUCUCCAACCCUAACACAAUCAAAGCCAUUAUGGUGAAAGAGUUCUCAAGAACACCAAACCGCCCUAAGACAUUCUUACCGAGAAAUGAAAUGAAAUAUUCACUCCUAAAUGCCGACGAUGACCAAUGGCGGUUCCUUAGAAACACUCUUCUACCGACAUUCUCUUCCGGCAAAAUGAGAAUGAUGGAGCCGUUGUUUAAAGCCAAAUAUGAAAAACUGUUAGACAACUUGACGGAAAGGGCCAAAACAGGAAAACCAAUAGACUUCAAAGAUGUUUUUGGCGCUUAUACAUUGGAUGUCAUAGCCUCUACAGGUUUUGGAAUGGAUAUCGACUCUCAAAAAAAUCCGGACAAUGAUUUUGUCAAAUAUACUAAGAAAUUCUUAAACAUUUCCUUUACUCCGAUUUUGAUACUAAUUCUGAUAUUUCCAAAAAUUGAUACCUUGCUAUACUGGCUUGGAAUGUCACCUUUCAAUCGACUGGAGAUUCUGUCAUUCUUCCGGCGUGUUGUCAAGCGAGCUGUCGAUCAAAGGAUGGAAGACAGCAAUAAACCCGUGGACCUGCUGCAGCUGAUGUUAAAUGCACAUCAUGACACAGGCGUCGAUGAGUCCGAAAACAUUCAUAGCUACGAAGGAGAUGAAAACCAAUGGAAAACGAGAAGCCUAACUAUGGAUGAGAUUGUGGGUAAUUCUAUUCUUUUUCUGUUGGUGGGAUACGACACAACAUCCAAUGCAUUGGCCUUUACUGCUCACAAUCUGGCUACUCAUCCGGCCUGUCAAGAAAAGCUCAUCGAAGAAAUCGACGCCAUUCUGGGCAAGGAACCACCUAACUACAACAAUGUCCAGAAAAUGGAGUACUUAGAGAGAGUUUUAUAUGAGACCCUGAGGCUCUAUCCGUCAGCAUGCAGGACUCAUAGACUUGCAGAAAUGGAUAUUGUGAUAGAAGGAUACACUGUUCCCAAUGGUACGGACAUAUCCUUUCCAAUCUACAGUAUCCACAGGGACCCACGGUUCUGGGAAAACCCGACCAGAUUUGAUCCUGAAAGAUUUACUCCGGAAAACAAGGCUAAGCGGCACCCAUACGCUUAUUUACCCUUUGGACAUGGUCCCCGUAGCUGUAUAGGCAUGCGCCUAGCUCAGGUCGAGAUGCGGUUAGCGAUUGUCUCCAUUCUACAACACUACAGAUUCAAAACGUGUGAAGAGACAGAAAUUCCUUUGAAGCUUUCCAAAGCAAACCUUCUGAAGCCAGAAAACGGCGUCAAACUGUUGUUGGAGUCACGAAGCUAAAAGACAACUUUCCAGGGAUCAAAAAAACGUCAUUUGAAACAUACAUAAAACAUAUGGAAAGAGUUCUUUUGAAAAUGAUGGUGCUUUUACAAUUUAAAACAACUAAUUAUUAAAAAAAUAUAUGCAAAAUUUUAUUUGUAAAAUUGCUGGUUGACGAAAAGGGGCUACUUCUGCUUGUAAAAUUAUAGAAACAUCUUCUGUUCCUAAAAUGUAAUGAACAACAAGAAAUGCUUGUAAUAAUUUUGAUAGUAAAUGUUAAAUAAAAUUGACUUGUAAUGAUGAUUAUGCAAUUGACACAAAAUUGCAAGUCAUUAGUCUGUUUUUAAAAGGA